AUGGACCCUGGACUGACCUAUGACAUGGAUGUGCAAGAUUAUAUUGAGUUCCUAUGUGGCCUUGGGUACAAUGCUAAGCAGAUGAGGGCUGUUAUUCGACGAAGGCGUUGGAGUUGCAGCGCCACACCUAUGGAACUAAACUACCCUUCUUUUAUGGCCAUCUUUGAUGGAAAAGACUUCCCAAGAGCUAAAAACUUUAGCAGGAGCAGUUUGGAAGUUCCUAGCGGAAUGAGGAUUGCAGUGGAGCCUAACACUCUAAAAUUCACUAAAAGACAUCAGAAGCAAUAUUUUCGCUUGAGCUGGAGAUCGAAAGCAACCGUCUCCGAACACGACCUAUGGUUUAUCUCAAAUGGGUAG